CCAGCAUGAAAACCCAAUAGGCAGCCUACUUAAUCGUUACAAUACAUAGUAAGCCUGACCAAAAAAGUCAGUGGACGGCUGCCUCGCCCCAACAGAUUUUAUUUCUCCCGUAAAAUACGAGUAAGGUGAAACCUACAAAUUAAAUCAUGAUUUACGGCAUGCUGGUGACACUCUCGACGGCAAUCUAUACUACGGUGUCCACCCUUUGGCAGGUUCAACAGACCCUAAUCAAUUGGAUGAUGUCGUUUAGUCUUUUCAUUUUGAGUCUGUUCUGCAAGCCGUAUUUGAUAGUUCCCCUGUUGGCAGCUGGGUUCUUCAUGGUGCGCCGGAUCUUGCUGCGGCGGGCAAAGCGGACCCAAGCCUGGAAAUCGCCGGGGAACAACGAGGCUGGGGCGUCCAGGCAUUACUCCACUAAAACCGCACCAUCACGCGACACGGAGAGCUCCCUGCCCAAUAGCGUCGGUGACACAUCCCAGAAGUAGUCGAGCAACG